ACCUUAAAUUUGUUUUAUUUUGCCUAAUAGGUAAUACUGCUUCCAUCUCUGCUCGGCUCCCAAGGACGAUAGCAGACACAACUUCUGCCCAUUAAUGAUGGAUAACAAGCCAGAGGAAUGUUCAGUGUGUUUUAACGAUUAUGAUGACAAUCAGCUACGACCUCGCACACUGCCAUGUGGCCACACAUUCUGCUCCCAGUGUAUUGACAAUGCUAUCAAGAAUGGUCAGCUGACCUGCCCCAGCUGCCGUGCCGAGCACGCUGCCACAGCCUCUACUCAGUUCCCAAUUAGCUAUGCUGUGGAGGCUUUUGUUAGGAAACUCAAAAAUAUUCAGCUAACAACUGAGGAAGUAGUGCCAGCAAAACCUUAUGAAGGUCCCGCCAGAGGCAUCAGUAAGACAUUACGUUCCAUGGUGCAGGAGCAGAAGAGCAUCAUCAGCAGCCUCAUUACUAGCUGUGAAGAGGUCAUACCACAAGAUAAAGAGUUGAGUUUUGAGGAGAGGAAGCCUGUUCCUAGGUUUAUCGGGGUUCCCCAAGAUGUGUACGGUUCUUCCGGCAAUAUUUCUUAUGCUCGCUGGGAGGACGUUGAAUCCAGUAAGACAGCGAACCAAAUCAGACCACUGCUGGGUACGAAGAAAGUGAAGCCUUAA